GGGAGCCAGAGAGCCCCAGAGCCCCAGAGCCCAGAGUAAUUAAUUUAGGGAAGGGAGGUCUUGGCCUGGCUGAGCCAAAGCAGUUGCUUUGGAAUAGACGGACUGGAUUCUGAUCCUGAUUCUGUUCGUGGGACUUUAGGCAGAGCCAUGAGCUAUCAGAUCCUGCUGCUUCUGGCCAUGCUGACCCUGGGCCUGGCUACCUCCCAGCUUCGAGACCAGCUCCCCUGUAAGACGGUGCACAAGGAAGCCUUGUGCCAGGGCCUUGGCCUGCUCCAGUUCCCCUCAGUGCUCCCAUUGGACAUCCAGGCCCUCCAUCUAUCUGGCAAUCAGCUGCGGAGCAUCCUGGCCUUUCCCUUGGGUUUCUACACAGCACUUCGUCACCUGGACCUGAGUGUCAAUGAGAUCAGUUUCCUCCAGCCUGGUGUUUUCCAGGGUCUACCCCACCUGGAGCACCUGAACCUGGCCCACAAUCACCUGGCUAUGGGCAUGGCUCUGAACAGCGGUGGGCUGGGCCGCCUGCCUCUCAUAGCCUCCCUAGACCUAUCUGGAAACAGCCUGUACGGCAGCCUGGUGGAACGGCUGCUGGGUGAGAUGCCAAGCCUGCACACACUCUCACUGGCAGAGAACAGUCUCACACGCCUGGAGCGCCACACCUUCUGGGGCAUGCCAGUCCUCGAGCGACUGGACCUCCACAGCAAUGUGCUGAUGGACAUCGAGGAUGGUGCCUUUGAGACACUGCCUCGCCUGACCCACCUCAAUCUCUCCAGGAACUCCCUCACCUGCAUCUCCGACUUCAGCCUCCCGCAGCUGCGGGUACUUGACUUAAGCUGUAAUAGCAUUGAAGCCUUCCAGACAGCCCCAGAACCCCAGGCACAGUUCCAGCUGUCCUGGCUGGACCUGCGGGACAACAAGUUACUCCACUUCCCCGACCUGGCUGCGCUACCGAGACUUGUCUACCUGAAUGUAUCUAACAACCUCAUCCGGCUCCCUGCAGGGCAGCCCCAGGACAGUGAGGGCCUCCAUGCACCCUCCCAGGUCUGGUCGGACUCUCCAUUUUCUAACCCCAGCCGGAAUACCAGCACCCACUCUCUCUCCCAGCUCUUGAACCUAGAUUUGAGCUACAAUGAGAUUGAGCUGGUCCCUGAUAGCUUUCUUGAGCAUCUGACCUCCCUGCGCUUCCUGAACCUCAGCCGAAACUGCCUGCGAUCCUUUGAGGCCCAGCGUGCUGCUUCCCUGCCCUGCCUGGUGCUCUUGGACCUGAGUCACAACGUCCUGUCGGCACUGGAGCUGGGCACCAAGGUCCUAGGGUCCCUACAGACACUGCUCCUCCAGGACAACAGCCUGCAGGAACUGCCACCCUAUACCUUCACCAGCCUAGCCAGCCUGCAGACGCUCAACUUGCAGGGAAACCAGGUCAGCCCCUGCGGAGGACCAGCUGAGCCAGGUCCCCCAGGCUGCGUGGCCUUCUCUGGUAUCCACACUCUUCAAGUUCUGAACAUGGCAGGGAAUAUGAUGGAGACGCUUAGGGCAGGGACUUUCCUCCACACACCACUUACUGAGCUGGACCUCUCAGACAAUCCAGGGCUAGACGUGGCCAUGGGUGCCUUGGCUGGCCUGGAGACAUCCUUGGAGGUACUGGCACUGCAGGGCAAUGGACUGACUGUCUUACAGGUGGAUUUGCCCUGCUUCCGCUGCCUCAAGCAGCUCAACCUUGCAGAGAACCGCCUCAGCCACCUGCCUGCCUGGACACAGACCGUGUCCCUGGAGGUGCUGGACCUGCGGAACAAUAGUUUCAGCCUCUUGCCUGGCAGUGCCAUGGGUGGCCUGGAGACCAGCCUCCGGCGCCUCUACCUACAGGGGAAUCCACUUAGUUGCUGUGGCAACGGCUGGCUAGCAGCCCAGCUACACCAGGGCCGUGUGGAUGUGGACGCCACCCAGGACCUAAUCUGCCGCUUUGGCUCCCAGGUGGAGGUGGCCCUGAGCCACGUACGUCCCGAGGACUGUGAGAAGGGGGGACUCAAGAAUGUCAACCUCAUCAUCAUCCUAACCUUCACACUAGUCUUUGCUGCUGUCCUUACCACACUGGCCACCUGCUGCUGCAUUCGCAGGCAGAAGUUUAACCAACAAUACAAAGCCUGAUGGGGCUGGAGGAUCCUUCUGCAUCAGUGUGGGAGCUGUAGGGGCAGAGAAGCUGGGGACCAACCCAGGUCACACAGUGGCCAGUGGCCUAGCACAGUUCCCCUUUCUCUGCAUCCUGCCAUGUGGACAGGUAGCUAUUUCCCAGGUUGCCUAUGUGUUCCCACUGUGGAGCCAAAAGUGGGGCAGUUUCAGCCAGGCAGAGGAUACUUUUGACCGUCAGAUCAGCAGAUCCACAUUGAGCAUCUGUUUCAGGUCACACUCUUCUCUGGGCACCAGAAAAUGAAAUGCAUACCUGUCCUCGGGCCACAAAGGCCCAGAACAGGGGAGAGACCACACAGGGCAGUGGUCUUGAGGAGGGUCCCCUGGGUCCCCAGACCUCCCCCAAGUCUCCAGCUGGUUUGCUGUAGAGAAUCCCACCCCAGCUGUGCCUGAACAAGGGAGGGCCAAGCCCAAGAGGAUUUGUCUGUACCGUUUCCAUGCAGCCAGCUCUGUCACAUCUGCUAAUGACUCUCAGCUCUCUGGAAAUGAAAAGCUUGUGACCGGAAGAGAGAACCAGCAGUUUUGGAUCUCUGUUCCUAGGCUAGCUUUCAGGGUUCCAGCAGGCAGGGCCUGCUUCAGACCUGUUCACCUGGGCAAUUGUUAGGCCAUCCUGUGUCCUGCUCUAGACAAGCCCCUCCCUCUCAUGCACUCUCCUUUGGCACACACUGACCCAUAUGCUGGACCCCCUACCCCAUGCUCAGGUGUCCUUCCAUCCCAGCCCAACCCUAACUGCUGAGCUGAGAGGAGGAACCCUGGCUCCCUGGCUACCUUGCACCCUGCUUGGCAGCUGCAGAGGCACCAAGCUGACUCUCAGAGGUUGCUGUGUUCUCCCCAUUAUGCACAAGAAGAAAGUGAAGUUCCCCAAGUCUCCCUUGAGAGCCCCACAGCUGAGAUAGACCAAAGCCAAGAAUGAACCAAACCCAUGUCCUUCCAUCUCCAGGGCCCUGAGCCUCACCAGGACCAUGGCUUCAGUCUCUCAGGUGAACAGGAAGUGACCCCACACUGACCAGGGCCCAAGCAUCCUUGCGGCACACACCUACUUUCCUCUUUCAGGCAGGCACCUGCAGGCCCUCUGCUCAGUGCUCCUCAUUCCUUUAUAGACUGGUUUGGGUUCUCCCUUUUCUCACCUUGUUCCCACAAUCUCAUUUUCCCUUUGUUAAGCAUAGCCUGGAGUUUUAGACCAUUGAGUGCAACUUCCCAUUAAAUAGAUAGGAAAACUGAGGUUUAGGAAGAGAAUGGGACUUGCUCCAAGUUGUAUAAGUCAGUGGUUGGACUGUUGCACAGUGGUAGAGCACUUAGCUAGCAUGCACAAGGCCCUGGGUUCAAUGCCCAGCAGCCCUGAAAGUCAGGGAUGGACCCAUGUGGUUUCCCACUCUCUCAGUCGCAGCACAAGACAAUGCCAGCUAUAACUUCUGUUCCUCACCAUGCCGUGGACUCUUCCCCUAGAAAAUACAAAGGAAGACCCCUCAGACUCACCACUCACCCCAGGGUCAUGAGCUGCAGAGAGGAAACGAAGCCCUCAGCCCCAUCACAGAGCCUGCUUCAUCCACUUCCCAGUGCCUGGCCCAUACACAGUCUGCCAGGGCAUUCAGUAA